AUGAGCUCGAGUUCGUCCACAGGGCAAAUUGCAGUCGUACCUGAGACCGGAGGGAUGUUCGGGGUGCCAUUGGAGGACUGUCUGCCCUCACCCAACAAUGAGUUUGUGCCCCUCAUAGUGGACCUAUGUAUCCAGAUAGUUGAGGCACGUGGACUGGAGAUGACUGGUGUCUACCGUAUCCCUGGUAACAAGGCAGCCGUAACCAUACUACAAGAAGAAUUCAACAAGGGUAUCGACUGUAUGAACCUGGAGCAUGAGAAGUGGUGUGACGUGAACGUGAUCAGUUCUCUAUUGAAGUCUUUCUUCCGCCAGCUUCCUGAGCCACUAAUUCCCGAUGACCUGUACCAGCCAUUCAUCGAUGCAAGCCGUAAUAAGGACCCGGAGAAGCGCAUGUUGAAGCUGAAGGCACUCAUACACAAACUGCCGGAGCACCAUCUAGAGACGUUCAAACACCUUGCGCGACACCUGAACCGCGUAGCCCAGUACGCUGACGUCAACAGGAUGCAGGCCAAGAACCUUGCGAUCGUGUUUGGGCCGACAUUGAUCCGCAAGGCUGACGACAACAUGGUAGCCAUGGUGACAGACAUGUCGGACCACUGCAAGAUCAUAGAAAGCAUCAUUCUCCAUUGUGAGUGGAUCUUCGGCUCCUGGGACAUGGACAGCAGCGUCUCCACAGAUGACGAGGCUGCAGAGUGCAUGUCCUUGGUGUCAGCGCCCUCCAGCAGUAACAUGAGAGAGGAGGCCGAGUUAAACCCACGUGAGAUUGUUUCAAGUAUCGUCUCUGCAGCCAAUAGAAAACUUCGGGGUGAAAGCCCAGCUCGCGUCUUGCCGCCGGACAAACGAAGCGUGUCCGUGUCAGACCCACCCCUUGGCUACAACGAGCGAAACAUAGACAAUGAGAUUCUCAUUAGGACGCAAAAGAUCGACACAACAUCCCGCAGCAGCCCGAAUCUAGCAGCCAUGCAGCAUAGCACGGACCUGCUGAAACCAUUACCGGAUCUACCAGACAGACGCAUGGCAAAGUCCCAAGACUUUGUAGACCGCGAAUUUUCUGACUUCGAUUUCAUCGAUUCGGAGAAGGAAAAUUCGGUGGCUUUUCUUACACCGAUGACGCAGUAUUUUUCGGACGAGUCUCUACUGGACCGGAAUGACGAGUUGGAGCUCUCCCACGGCAGCACAUCACUCCACGGGAGUUUUAGCCGACUCCGACGUGAGACGAUCGACAGUCUGAGGCGCAUUGAGCUGGAAGCGCGUGCCAUUCGGGAACGGGAAGAACGGGAAGAGCGCCGACAGCGCGAGGAAAAGAAGCGUCAACUUGAGCGGCAAAGAAUUGAGGCAGAUAUCCUGCAGACGCAGCGUGAGCUAGAGAUUGAGGACAGGCAUAGCGUGGAAGAUCUGCUCCAAGCAACAACUGGAUAUUCACUGAGUCUGCACCCACACGGAGACACGCCAGAAGAAUCAGGUAGAACCAAACGGUACGGUGGUAGAGACUCACACAGGAGUGAUAAGCAUAUUGUUGUGAAGAGUAAUGCUGGUUCUAACUAUCGGUCAGCGCGGCAGCCCCGACAGACGAGCGCAGGGUCGCUGUCAUCGCAAGCGAAACGAACGGGCUCAGUGGAAAAUAUGGCGGACGGACACAGCUUUCCAAGUGCUAUUAACCGCCCCACCGCCCAGGUGAAGGCUCAGUCUAAGAGGGACUCAGCAGAGAUAAAGCGGCGAAGUGCGGGUUUAACCCGGACAGGUUCAGUGCGGCGCGGUUCUCUGGAUUCCCUGAUUGACUUGCUGGAGAGGCGGGACAACCGUAUGUCCUGGGCUUCCGCAGACUCCGAUGAGGGAUUUGAUUUGCUAGCUACGCUAACCUCGACUUUCGAUAAGAAAUUGCAAACAUUAUCUAGUGCUAAAAUGUCCAAUUGUGCAUCAUCAUCAAAGCCUCCUAGGUGGGGUCUGAAUUCAAAUGGUGGCAGUGUAAGUAAUGGCGCUUUACCUGAUGCAGGCGAUUCCCCGGCAGCUCAGACGGCACAGCACCGACUCCCUCCACAGCCUCCCCUGUCCCACUUAUCUCGGCAAGCAGCCAUGCAGGCAGAUAAUCAGGGUCAAGGAAAGCAGUACAGAGAUCCCAGCCUACACAGGACGCCACCGAAAUCGGAUGCGAAGAUAGGAUUGGCGACCAGAUUUGAGAGAAGCACCACUCACAAUCCUCUCUAUGAAGGCCACAGUGAGCCAAGUCUUAACCUUCUGGUUCGGUCAGGUAGCAGCAAUAGUGGUAUCAACCUGCACAGUGAUGUUACAUACUCGGCUGAUAGCGCUGUUGUCCAAGGGGUUGCUUCUAGGGUGAUGGAACGUUCUGAGAGUAACUCUGCAAUCCAAGGGGUUGCUUCUAGGGGGAUGGAACGUUCCGAGAGUAGUGCUUCAAUUCAUGGGGCUGCUUCUAGGGGGAUUGAAAGGUCCGAGAGUGAUUCAAGGGUUGCCUCAGUCAUGGUCGUGAUUUCCAGUCCAUCGAUAAUGUCUGCUGACAGCAGCGGUCGCAUGGCAAUACAGCAACACGUCUCUAAACCUCUCACUGCAUACCAGUCACCACUAAAGUCGUUCUUAAACUCGCAGAAUGACGGUCUCCAUGGUGACCCCUUAAGGACAGAAACCCCACCAAAACGUCCAGACUACCGGCCCAUUACAAAAUCAGAAAAGACCGAAGUGAACGUGAGACUAUCUCAGAGCUUAGAGAAAAACAGAGCAGCCGAGGAAUCUGACGCUGCCAGUCGUGGACCGGUUAGUGAGAGUGUGCCAAAAACUCGGUCUGCAUCGCCGCCUGUAUUCGGUAGGAAACGAAACGAGCAGUGUAAACGUCGUCGCCAUACAGUGGGUGGUACAAGUGAUAGCAAUAAUAUUUUAGCAAUGGACGCCGCCUUGUCAAACGUGAAACGACGGUCGGCUUGGGAGCAACUGCGACCGAACGUUGGUGCCAACGUUGGGCCACACGCAAACAUGCAGUCGUGGCUGCAGGCUGAGCGACUCAGGGGAAGUUCACCUGAUCUGUCGUCCCUCAGGGAUAGGGGAAACAGACAGGCUACAUCCUGA